AUGCACCCGACACUGGCCCACGACCUCGAAACGCUUCUAGACAUCGCGUCCGCGGCUCAAGCCAUUGCUUUGGAGUUCCUGCGUAACGUCGAAGCCGUUCCACCCGCGCGGACACCGUCCAAGGCGCCCGAUGCCAUUGCAGCGACCGACGCGAGUGUCGGCAUCGGGGCCGAGGGGGCGCUUGACCUUUUCCGCACGCAAUGGCUGCCACACCUCGCUGGCAGCGCUGGUCCUCGCACCCCCGCCAGCCUCGUGGGCGACUGGCUCACGUCCACCGUCGAUCAAAACCCGACGAGCAACUGGGACUCGGAGGCGCCUUCCCUCGAGAGAGAGACGGUGUCGUCACUCGCCAACUGGUUCCGCCUCCCGUCGCACACGGCAUGUCCAACUUUGUGUCGCGCGCGAUCCGCACUCGAGCAUCUACAACGCGACGUCCAUGCUGGGCCUUGGCCGGUCAUGCGUUCGCGUCGUUCCGAGUUGGCUGGCCGCGAAGCCAUCGACGUGGACGCGCUCGAUGCGGCGCUGACGGAGGCGUGUCACGGCACCUCGUGCAUUGUCGUGGCCAGCGCCGGCACCGUCAACACGGGCGACUUUGACGACUUGGUUGAUAUUUCAAGGCUCAAGAAGAAACAUUUGUUUUGGCUGCAUGUGGACGGCACGUUUGGCGCUGGACUUGACCCUCGCGCACGGAUGGACGAAACCGAUUCGGUGUGCAAUCGACUGCCAUAA